AUGUCUGGAAACCAAGUAUACAUAUCAGUUGGCCGUGGUGGUGCUGGAAACAUGGUUAAGGAUAAAUCACCAGUCAGUCCCAAAUUAAUUCCAAUGGGUAGCGACACUCCUCACAUUCCAGCUACUCAACCAAGAUACACCACAGGAAGAGGUGGUGCUGGUAAUAUGGUCAAAAAUGACGAUCCUGACAAGGCUAGACUAGCCCAAGAUAUUGAGCCAAUUAGAUCCAACGGCAGUUACACCUACAAACCCUUAAGUCCAUACAAAAGCAUCGGUAGAGGUGGAUUUGGAAAUAUGAUCGACACCACUGUCUCCAAAACCUCUUCAGUCUCCAGAUGUGUGAGUCGUGAGUCCAAGAGUUCCUCCAAGAGCCACGAUGGUUCAAUAUUAAAGAAACUCAAAAACUUUUUCUAG